AUGGGCCAGCCGAUUGUGGAUCAUGUUGUGGAUAAACUAUUCGGGAAAAGGCAGCCGGAGGUGAUGGUCGGGAUUGACUCCAUAUUUGAUCUGGUGUAUGAUAUGCUGGCCAGCACCAUCACCUUGAGACGUGGUGAUUCGUGUAUGAUUAUGGGGCCAAGGUCUGCUGGUAAGACAUUAAUGGUUUCCAAGGUACUUGAAAAGCUGAACAGCAAUUAUAGCGACGAUUUUUUGACUAUAAAGCUGAAUGGAACCAUCCAUGCUGACGAUAAGCAGGCUGUCAGGGCGAUAGCUCGACAGAUCGAUGAGGCUACCAAUAACCAAGAGGCUGAUAAACUCGAAAAGCCUUCAAUGGCCGUGACCAUGCAGAAUUUUUUGACGCUCUUUGAGCAAGCAAACUUUUCAGAGACAAAUUACAAGUCCGUGGUGUUUAUUAUAGAGGAUAUCGACCAGUUCACGUCAGCCGGUAAACAGACCUUGUUGUACAAUUUACUGGAUCUGUCUCAAAGCUCGGUGAUUGGCGUUGCUGUGGUUGGGUUGAGUUGUCGAAUGAAUGCUGCGGAGCUGCUUGAAAAACGUGUGCGAUCCCGAUUCUCUCAAAGGCUGUACAAUCUGCCCAAGCCCAAAAGCCGUCAAGACUUUGUGUCUCGCUGUGCAUCAUUACUGCAAGUCGAUCCAAGCGUCCAAAUAGAUGGAGCACAAGAAUGGAAUACAAAGAUCACCCGCUUAAUGGAUCAGGAUGGGUUAGGAGACGUUGUCUCUGAAGUGUACUAUACCUCAAAAGAUCUUCGUUAUUUUGGCACAAGGGUGGGGCCGUAUUUACAAGGGAAAAACCACAAGGACUUGUGUGCAGAAUGGUUUAUUGAUUCGGUCAUCUCUAAACUCAAUGUGCCUUCUUCUACUGAUACCUUACUACCCAGCUUAUCAGAACUAGAGUGGGCCCUUUUGCUUUGUUCUGCUCGAGCAUCUACUCGCUAUUCAAUUGACAGUGUGAACCUUGUCCUCGCUCAAACGGAAUACUAUGCAAUGGCUCAAGCCCUAAGCAUCGAGCGUUCGUCGGUUACUGGAGUUGGUUACCGUGUUUGGUCAGCCAAAGCCAUUCGGCUGGCGUGGGAGCGUCUCCAACAGCUGGAACUGUUGGUACCCACAGGAACCGCACAAUCUGGCCAGGAGGAUCUUAAAAUGUUACGUCCCGAAACAGGGCUGCAGGAGCUGCGGGGGUUUUUACCCCCAAACCACCCGCUAUUCAGCUGGACGCGCUUGUAA